AUGGGGCAGAGCCAGCCAAGAGGCAGGGAGAGGCCAGAGCGGUCGUUCCGGGCAACCCACUCGAGGAUGGCUCCCAGUCUUCCGGAAGGUGCUCAGCUUGGGGAAAGCAAACCCUCGCCCUGCUCCUUUUCCAUUGAGAGCAUUUUAGGACUGGACCAGAAGAAAGACUGUGUUCCCUCAAUGAAACCCCACAGGCCCUGGGCCGACACCUGCGGCUCCUCAGGGAAAGAUGUUAACCUACAUGUGCAUAUCCCAAGCCUUCCCAAUGGGAUAUCCUUCCCUUGUACUGUGGAUCACCAAGUGCCAGAAGAAAGAUUUUUGAAAUACGAAAAUUACUUUUCAGCCUCGGAAAGACUUUCGUUGAAAAGAGAGCUGAGUUGGUAUCGAGGCCGCAGACCCAGAACUGCUUUUACUCAAAACCAGAUUGAAGUGUUGGAAAAUGUCUUUAGAGUUAACUGCUAUCCUGGCAUUGACAUCAGAGAAGACUUAGCUCAAAAAUUGAAUCUAGAGGAAGACAGAAUCCAGAUCUGGUUCCAAAAUCGGCGUGCAAAGCUAAAAAGGUCCCAUAGAGAAUCACAGUUUCUAAUGGCGAAAAAAAAUUUCAACACGAAUCUCCUGGAAUAGAUAGAAAACUAAACAUGUGAGAUUCUCUUACAAUUGCAGACCAUGAAGAAUCAAU